CUCUUGUGCUUCCUGCAAAAUAGAAGACAGGAAAAUAGAUCUUGAUGUAGUCUAGGUGGAGCUGAGACCACUUCCCUUUGAUGAGAAAGUUACGCGAGUAACCUACUAGAGUGCGCAAUUCUCACACACUUCCUCGCAUGAAGAACCGAACUGUCACUUCCAUCAAGUCAAGGACUGUACAGCCUCUCCAAGCGCGCGCAUUAUACAGCCAAACCAUAGUUAUUGUCCUCCUUCCUCCCGUUUAUUUAAGUUUCCCUUUGCUGUAUCCGUGCAGCUUGUCUUUUUUUUCUUUUGGGAGCCUGAAAGACACCCCAGACCUGCGCUCGCUUCAGCAUGCGCUUGGUGCACGGAGCGCACUCUUGGCGAGCGCUUCAUCAUCAGGCGCAGGGAUGAUGUUCAACUCAUCGGGCUCGUUAGAUUUCUUCUCGUUCACUCACCCCGAGGUUGCGUCGGAAGUUCUCAAUGGUUCCUCACACUUAUUUUACAACAUCUCAAUGGCCAUGUGGAACAAAUCCUGCGGGGAACAAUUGCUCGAUUUCACCACAGCGGAGAAGAUUGUCAUCGGAACGAUGCUGGCCAUCAUCACCACCGUGACGGUUAUUGGAAAUAUGCUGGUGGUGAUCGCGGUGUGCGUCGUUAAAAAACUCAGACAGCCGUCCAACUAUCUGCUGGUGUCUCUGGCCGUGGCGGAUCUCUCCGUGGCUAUUGUGGUGAUGCCAUUCGUGAUCGUGACGGACCUCACGGGAGGAAAGUGGCUUUUUGGAGAGGUCUUCUGUAACAUCUUCAUCGCCAUGGAUGUGAUGUGCUGCACUGCAUCCAUCAUGACGCUGUGCGUGAUCAGUGUGGACAGGUAUCUUGGCAUCACCCGCCCUUUGACCUACCCUGCUCGACAAAAUGGCCAACUAAUGGCAAAGAUGAUCUUUGGUGUAUGGCUUGUGUCUGCUUCAAUCACACUGCCGCCAUUCUGUGGCUGGGCGAAGAACGUUAACACGGCUGGCGUUUGUCUAAUCAGCCAGGACUUCAGCUACACCAUCUACUCCACCGCCGUGGCCUUCUACAUUCCCAUGAUCGUCAUGCUCUUCAUGUACUACAAGAUCUUCAAGGCUGCCAGAAAAAGUGGUGCCAAACAUCGUUUUAAUGAUUUCUCCCGUCGGGGUCGCCUGGAAACCGUUGCCAGUGAAGCGCUGAGGAUGCAAGGUCUAAAACCCCAGCUCACGCCGGGUGUAGCCGAGGAGUGCGCUGCUCUUUCUCGCUUGCUCAGCCGUGAACGACAGAACAUCUCCAUCUUUAAGCGAGAGCAGAAGGCAGCUACAACACUGGGCGUCAUAGUUGGAGUUUUUGCCAUUUGUUGGCUGCCGUUUUUCAUUCUAUCUACAGCGAGACCAUUUAUAUGUGGGGUCAAGUGUAGUUGCAUACCAAUAUGGCUGGAGAGGACGCUGCUGUGGUUUGGAUAUGCCAACUCUCUAAUGAACCCAUUCAUUUAUGCUUUCUUCAACCGUGACCUACGCUCCACAUACAGAGACUUACUCCGUUGCAGGUAUCGGAACAUAAACCGCAGACUGUCGGCUGUAGGUGUGCAUGAAGCACUGAAGAUUUAAAAGUAGAGUGGUUUGGCCUAAAUUUGAUUUACAUGCAAUUCAGACAGGACUGAAUCAUUUUCAUUCAAGUAUGACUUUGAAGCCAAACAGUGAGCAUCGCAACAUCCACUUAUUGGAUUUUUGUAGAAACAAUGGGAACAAAAGAGAGAAUUCAUAACCUCAUAGUCAUUCAGAAUACUCAUAUUUCAGUUCCAUUAGAGCAUCUGGUCAGUAAUUGUUUCAUUAUUAGUAUAGGUAUACUGUAUUAAGCCUGGUUUCAGUGAGAGUUAGCCCUACUAAAAAAUUAACAGAAAGUUCAGCACUGAUUCAUGAGACAUGAGUGAAGAAAUUGACUUUGUUGAAUUCAUAAAAAAAAAAGAAAA